AUUUUACAGUGGAGUUUCAAAAUUUUAAAAUAAAAAACAACAGACAGUAUUUUGUCAUGUUCCAUUCAGCUGGUUCUCUCAUCACUCUCUCUCUCUCUAUCAAAUGAUGCCCUACAAUCUGUACCCUACAACUAAGCAAAGGCUUCCAUUCAUUUGUCAGUUUUCUUUUCUGUUCAAAGCCUUAUUGACUGAAUGAGUGAUGACCUAGCUAGCGAGCUUAGGAUCCCCCAACAAAACUCGUUCCCGUCUAUCAUUCACGCACUCCACUUUCAAUGUCCACAUUUCAUAGUUGACUGCAUUCGUUGAAACUAGAAAGCCAAGAAGAAAAACCACAAUGGCCAUAGAGAACCCCACCCAUACCCCAAUGCACCACAAGUAGCUUCAAGAAUCAAGAUACAGCACCCGAAACCGGAUCACAUCUCUAUCACCAUUCUCCUCUCAUAAUUUUAUUUCCAAAUCUAUGAAGCUCUCUUCAAAAUCCAUUCUCAGCCCAAGCCAUAGCAAAGACGCACCUCACUUAACGAGAAAGCUAGCAAGCAGUGGCAGCACCAAAGGUGGUGGCGGCGGCAGCCAGGCCUCACCGAACCCAGCGAUGUUCCGAUCCGGUGGUAGAAAGCGAGGACCGGGAUACGUAAACCCAGAGCCUUCAUCCCCGAAGGUCACAUGCAUUGGACAAGUGAGAGUGUUGAAACAGGGGAAGAAGAUGAGAGGGAGAUCUAAGAGAAGAGGAGGCGGAGGAGGAGAAGCGAGCUUCAGGAGCAGAGGCGAACAAAGCUUUCACGGUGGAGAUCUCAACCGACAGAAGUCGCAAAGAAGCCAGAGCUUACAGCAGGAGUGUUUGUCUCAACGGAACCAACGAUGGGUUCACGUUCCUUCAGCAAUAUGCGAAGCUCUGAGAGCGUUUGGUUCUGAAUUCAGCUGCUUCUUCAGUUGCAGGUCUUCUUGCGGGAGGGAAAAACAUUCGGCCAAGGCAGAAGAAGAAGGGGCAGCAGUUGGAAGUUGGGUGGUGACUCUUCAAGAAGGGAGUGAUCCCCAUAAGGGAAGGGAGAUUGAACUUAUAAUGGGAGGUAGUGAAGAAGAUGAAACCCAAGGAGACAACAAUAACAGCCCUGAGAGAAGCAACAGAAGGAGGAGGCACGUGUUUGAAGACAUUGACAUCGAUAUAGACAAUCUCAAGAGUGAGGAGGAAGAGAAAGCUAGAGUUAGCAUAUGCAUCCCUCCAAAGAAUGCUCUGUUGUUGAUGAGGUGCAGAUCUGACCCUGUCAAAAUGGCUGCCCUCGCUAACAGGUUUUGGGAGCCAAGUGUUCAGGCAACACAAGAAGAAAGAGAAGCUGAAGAGGCCCAAAUGCAAAUGGAAGAGGACUCUAACAAGGAAGUGGAAAAGAAUUACAAUGUUGCGAUUCAUGAUGAGAGUGGAAAAAGUACACUUGCUUUUGUUAGUAAAGAAGAAACAGAGGCAGCAAAUAAUGAAGGCAAUCAAGUGGUCAUCGAAGAAGCGAAAGGAGAUGUUGAAAAAGAAGAGGAAGCUAUUGGAGAAGUGACUAGUUAUGGUGAGGAAAACGACGUCGCACAGAGAUCUGAGCUUUCUUCAACUACUGCACACUCUGCACUUUCAGGAAUUGAUGAUGCCAAAGGGUCAACAGUGAAAAUGACUUCAGAGGAGAAACCCGUGGAAGAAGAAAAUAGGUCAAAGGAGAGAGAAAGUGGAGCAUUACCAGAAUGCUUGCUUUUGAUGAUGUGCGAACCCAAGCUGUCAAUGGAGGUUUCCAGGGAGACGUGGAUCUGCACCGCCGACUUCGUACGGUGGCUGCCGCCGAGGCCAGCGGCGAAAUCCAGUGGAGGAGAUCGUCAACACAAGAAGCGGAUGGCCGCCGUGGACAACAAGCCGCCGCCUCCGCCGACGGCGGCUGUUCAGCCGCAGCAGGUGCAACCGGGGAGGUCAUCGUUCUCAUUUCCGGCCGCAGCCGUGGCGUCGGCGGUAGGGACAAAUGCAGGAGAGGGUUCGGCUCUAAAGCGGUGCAAGUCGGAGCCGAGAAGGUCAGCGGCUAAGCUAGCUCCGGAAGCGUGUUCGUGGAACAAUAGGAAGCUGACGGAGCCACAUCCUCCAGCACCGGUUGGAGUUGGCGGCGCAGCGGGGGUUGGAUUUUGAUCUCAAUUUUUCUUUUCCUUUGCUUUCUUUUCUUUUUUUUUUUUCCAAUCUCUCUACGUCAACAAAAUAAUGUAACUGUUAUGAUCUGUAAAUUAUUGCAAAACUUUCUCUCUUCUCCUUUCUCUGCCAUUUUUGUCAAUCUGUGAUUUUUGUAAUUUUUUUCCACCUCCUUCCUAAGAAUAUUGCUUUUCAAAUCAUUCGCCAAAAAUCAUGGAGGUAGAACCACGACACCAAAUUCUGUCUCUCUUUUGCUAAUUUAUUGAAUAUUGUAGUUUUUUUUUA